AUGCUCUGCAUGGCUGAGGAGAAUGGGAAAGAGCUCUAUGAGUAUGCACUAGCUAACGGCGCUGUAAAAGAGAUGAUCCAUAGAAUAGUGGCACUGCAGUACUGUCUCGUCUGUUUUGUGUCUAUAAUCGUGCAUGUGCAAACUAUGAACAGUUUUUACUCUUUUGGGCGCGCAGACGGCUUUAUUAGGAGUAUAGAGCCAAAAGUUCUCUUCUCAAACUACCAGACAUAUAUUUCUGUCCUUUCGAUUCUGUUGAUGCACAGACAUGCUAAAAAAGAGAAGAGCGCCAUUGGUGGCAUACUUACACGCAGUAAACACCAGCCUUUUGGGUUUCUUCUGUGGGGAGUGUGUUUUGCAGUUAGCUCUAACUUCAGCUAUUACACAAAGAUAUCGAAUAGCCUGCUUUCCCUAUAUUUUAUUGUAUUUUCUAUAAUUGCUGUGGCAUCCGUUCCGAUUCUCUUUCUCUACCAGAUGCCCUCUAAACAGCUUGCAAGAGUUUUAAUAGCUGGAAUGGUGGGGCCUUGCACAAUAGCUUUUUUAACCUAUCUCUCUGUUUCCUACAUCAACAGUCUUGCUCAAAUAAAAGCAAACAAUAUCCUAAAAUAG